AUGGAGGCUAAACACGGUGGAACAGAGUCAAACAGAACCAUGAUGUUGGGUGUGCCAUAUCCUCAGCUAACAGUGGCUUUUCCUAUUACAAUCACAGGCACUGACCAGUUCUCUUCUUUCUUGUCAAAAUGUGGUUCCUUGAGGGCGCUCAUUGUAAGGUCACUGUGGUUGAGAGAGGGGUUUACGAAGGUGCCACCUGCAAUAAGCAAACUGAAACAUUUAAGGCAUCUGGAUCUUUCAGGAUCCGACAUUGUCGAACUACCCAAUUCAAUUUGUGACUUGUGCAAUUUGCAAAUUUUAGGCCUAAUUGAUUGUCACGAACUUCAGAGUCUACCCAAGGGCAUGAGAUUCCUCAGAAAUCUUCGACAUCUUUGUCUAGAUAGGUGUCGGAGUUUGACUCACAUGCCAAGUGGAAUUGGGAAGCUGACUUGCCUGCGGACGUUGAGUAAGGUCGUCUUGGGUGGCAAAAAAGACUUCCAACUAAGUGAGUUGCGAGACUUAAAUAUGCUUAGAGAAAAGCUAAUAAUUGAGCACCUUGAGAGGAUUAAAGACAAAAAGGAUGCAGAAGAAGCUUGUUUAAUUAAAAAAGAGAGUCUCCGCGAGUUGUAUUUGUGUUGGGAUUCCGAAAGAACGCUUCGCCAGUACAAUGAUGAGGAAGUGCUUGAAGCCCUCAAACCCUGCCCCGACCUUCAAUUGCUGUGUAUAGACGGCUUCAAAGGUUCAUCAUUUCCAUCUUGGAUUUCAACUGUAACAAAAGUUACUGUGACAGAAAGUACAGCGGAGUACAUAGUUGGGGCCAGGGAGAGUACCGCCACUGCUGCUGCAAUGUCCCCAUAUUCACUGAAACAAUUGGAGUUAUGGAACAUGCCCAACCUAAAAGGAAUGUUAGGAAGAGAAGUCCAAGGUACUCCAGGAGUAUUCUCUCAACUUCAAUCCUUGCUUUUUGGCUAUUGCCCAACGUUGACAUUGCCAUUGCCAUGUAUGCCCUCCCUCAAGGAGUUAUGCGUCGAGCAGUGCCCGAACAUGGCAUGGGCUUCAAUCUCCAAUCUCACUAGUCUUAACUCCCUUAUAAUUGAGGAGAUUCCAGAAUUGAGUUGUUUUCCAGAAGAGAUGCUACAAAAUCUUAGUCUUCUUGAAUCGCUGGAUCUUGGGUUUAUAUGGGAUCUGCGAGCCUUACCCAGAAGCUUGGCUAGCCUCACAGCUUUGAAGAAGUUGACCAUCGAGGGAUGUCCCGAGCUGGAGUCUCUACCAGAAGAAGGAUUGCGAGGCCUUGCCUCUUUGCAGAAACUCUCUUUGGUCAGAUGCUAUAAUUUGGUGAGCCUCUCAAUGGGGACUAAAGCCCUCAAAUCCCUGACUCAUCUAAAAAUCGACGGGUCAUACGCGACAGCUCUGCCAGAGGAAGUCAAACAUUUCCCCGCGCUACAAAAUCUGGUGCUGGAAGAUUUUCCCAAUCUAACUUCAUUGCCAGACUGGUUUGGAGACCACCUCACUUCUCUUCAAGACCUGACACUAUGGUCUUGUCCGAAGCUUGAAACACUUCCAUCCAGCAUUCAAAUGAUGAAGACACUCCAAAGUUUGACUAUACGUUACUGCUCCCUAUUGGGACCACGGUGUGAAAGGGGAGGAGAGGAAUGGCACAAAAUUGAGCACAUCCCGAACCUGAGAAUUUGGUCGCAGAAUAUUUAG